ACAAGACAAGGACAAGACAGAUUGUACAAAGUUAGAAGCAUCAAAAGGCAUGUCUAGCUCGAAAACUGAAAGUUCACGGGAAACAAGAGAAUCUGCACUAAGCGAGUCCAAAACAAGUACCAGUAGCGAGGUGUCGGCACCAGAUGACUUUGUUAUGGUGGAGUUGAAAACACCAUUUGCUGGAGCAGAUGCCAAUAGUGAUUUAGGACGGUUUCAUCGUGAAUGUCAGAGUGCACCGGCAUUGACAAACUGUGACGAGGAGCAGUCAGUACCGGAAGCUUUAGAGUAG